GGCACGGGGUAGGGGGCACGCGUAGCGCCAAGCGAGGCCGCGGCCACCUCCACGCUCGCUGCACACCCCCCCUCGCACCGUUCGUCCGUCCAUUGCCUCGUCGUCCUCUGCACUCCAACGCCCGACCCGCUUUAUAUGCCACCGCCCGCUCCACAUCACCACCGUCUCACACCGUCGCGGCCACCCACAUCAGCCUCUCAAGUCUCAAGGGCCGGACCCCUUCGUUCUUCCGAGCGCAAUCGAUCCGUCGUCGGCUCCUCCUCCUCCGUUCGCCCUUCGCCGAUCCGUUCCUAGGUGUGCCUCAGCUAUGCAGUUCAGCAGUGUGUUUCCCCUGGAGGGAAAAGCAUGUGUGAGCCCAGUGAGGAGGGAAGGUUCUGGGAGUGAGAGGGUGAGGAUUGGGGAUUGCAGCAGCACCAGGCAAAACAGGGCAUUAAGAAGGAUGUGUUUUGGUGCUAGGGGCACCACAAGUAGCGCUCAAUGUGUGCUCACUUCAGAUGCUGGCCCAGACACUCUUGUUGUCCGAACAUCCUUCAGAAGGAAUUACGCUGAUCCAAAUGAAGUUGCCGCUGUCAUACUGGGUGGUGGUACUGGGACUCAGCUUUUCCCUCUCACAAGCACAAGGGCCACUCCUGCUGUUCCUAUCGGAGGAUGUUACAGGCUUAUUGAUAUCCCCAUGAGCAACUGUUUCAACAGUGGCAUAAACAAGAUAUUCGUUAUGACUCAGUUCAACUCAGCUUCUCUUAACCGUCACAUUCACCGCACAUACCUUGGUGGGGGAAUCAACUUCACUGAUGGAUCUGUUGAGGUGCUGGCUGCAACGCAAAUGCCUGGGGAGGCUGCUGGUUGGUUCCAGGGCACAGCAGAUGCUGUUAGAAAAUUUAUCUGGGUACUUGAGGAUUAUUACAAGCAUAAAGCUAUAGAACACAUUUUGAUUUUGUCAGGAGAUCAGCUCUACCGUAUGGAUUACAUGGAGCUUGUGCAGAAACAUGUAGAUGACAAUGCAGACAUUACUUUAUCAUGCGCUCCUGUUGGAGAGAGUCGAGCUUCUGACUAUGGGCUAGUUAAGUUCGACAGUUCAGGCCGUGUAAUUCAAUUCUCUGAGAAACCAAAGGGCGCUGACUUGGAAGAAAUGAAAGUGGAUACCAGCUUUCUCAAUUUCGCCAUCGAUGACCCAACUAAAUAUCCCUAUAUUGCUUCAAUGGGAGUUUACGUUUUCAAAAAAGAUGUUCUUCUAAACCUUCUAAAGUCGAGGUAUGCUCAACUGCAUGACUUUGGUUCUGAAAUUCUGCCCAAAGCUUUACAUGAGCACAAUGUGCAGGCAUAUGUCUUCACUGACUACUGGGAGGACAUUGGAACAAUCAGAUCAUUCUUUGACGCAAACAUGGCCCUCUGUGAGCAGCCUCCAAAGUUUGAGUUUUACGAUCCGAAAACACCCUUCUUCACUUCACCUCGGUACUUGCCGCCAACGAAGUCGGAUAAGUGCAGGAUUAAAGACGCGAUCAUUUCUCAUGGCUGCUUCUUGCGUGAAUGUACCAUUGAGCAUUCUAUUGUCGGUGUUCGUUCGCGCCUAAACUCUGGAUGUGAGCUCAAGAAUACUAUGAUGAUGGGUGCAGAUCUGUACGAGACCGAAGACGAGAUUUCGAGGCUACUGUCAGAGGGCAACGUCCCCAUUGGCGUAGGGGAGAACACAAAGAUAAGCAACUGCAUCAUCGACAUGAACGCUAGGGUUGGAAGGAACGUUUCCAUCACAAACAGUGAGGGCGUCCAAGAAGCUGACCGGCCGGAGGAAGGAUAUUACAUCAGAUCCGGGAUCGUGGUGAUCCUGAAGAACUCAACCAUCAAGGACGGGACCGUCAUAUAGAGUCCACCCUGGGUCCCAAGUUGGCCGUCGUCAUGAGAAUUCGGGGGGUGUGAGCUUGACUUCAGAUGAGGAACAGGAACACAUAAAGGAAGAUCGGUUAGAGCUGGAUGGAUGAUCAAGAGAAAGAUGAUGUGGUAGUAUCGGCAACUAGUCGUUCUUCCUCUGUUACAUGUCGUAGCAACGCAAAAUAAGCUGGCCGAGUAAAAGUGCAGCGACUUCUGGGGAAUCGGAUCGUUGGUGCAUCGUGUAAAUAAACUCGGACGCAACACAUGGAAUUCGCCUGUCAUCUUCCCAUGUC